UCUCAGCCCUCGCCCCACCCGUCAUCCCCCCCACAAGUCAUCUCCCACAACCUCCAGCGGCUCACCGUGGAGAACUGCGCGGUCGUGGACAUCUCCCACACACUCUCCUCCCUCCCUCACCUCCUCUCCCUCACUCUCCGCGGGGUGGGGGAGGUGACAGGCGGGAGAAACCAGGGAGAGAACGAAAAGAAACCCAGAACGUCACAUUUACAGGAGCUUACCAUUGAAGACUCGCGCAUUCCCGUCCUCUCCGGCGACUUAUUCAACGGGAGACUCAAGCAGAACGCGACAGUCACAUUUACCCGCAUUCAAACCGAUAUCAUCACGUCCUACGCCAUUGCAGGAUCCCCAAGCCUCCACAGGAUCGAGAUUAAGGACUCCCGCGUAGGACUCAUCCAGCAGAAUGCCUUUGGGAGAGGUGGAUUGCGUGUGGGUGAGCUUAAACUUGAUAGCUGUGAGGUGGAUGAAAUUGAGAGGGACGGUAUUUGGCUAGCAUGGGUUGGGUCGUUACAUAUAGACCAGUGUAGGGUUAGCAGGGUGCGUGAGGCAGGGGUGAGGGUGAACAAGGCUUACUACCUCUACCUCACCCGCUGCACCCUGGCAAGCUAUCACCCUGGGGGAAUACGCGGCAGGGUGCUGGAAGGGGCUGUGAUUGAUCUUAACGUUAUUACCCCUGUCAUAACCCCUGUCACCCCUAUAUCCAGGCUUGGCUUAGAGUAUGUUGACCCUGUUUCGUCCCCUGUCACCCCUGUUUCAUACCCUUCAACCCUUGUCAAUCACCCUAGCGCCCCUGUGUCGUCCCUGUCAAGCCCUUCUCCCCUAUCCUCCCUUCCUUCCCCUGUUCCUCCCUUUUCCUCCCUUUCCUCACCCUUCCACAGCCCUUCUCCCUCCCUGUCAACUCCUUCCCCUGUUCCUCCCCUUUCCUCCCCUUCCUCACCCUUCCACAGCCCUUCUCCCUCCCUGUCAACUCCUUCCCCUGUUCCUCCCCUUCUUUCCUCCCCUUCCUCCCCCUACACUACCCCUUCUCCCUCCCUGUCAACCCCCUCCCCUCCCUUUUCCUCAUUUUCAUCCCCUCUCCCUCCCCAUCCUUCCCCUUCCUUCCCCUUCACCACCCCUUCUCCCUUGCCCUCACCAUCCCCCUCCCUCUCCUCCCCUUCCAUCUCUCCCCUUCCAGCGGUUUCUAUCUCGGCGAACGAAGAUACCAGAGAACAAGGUGAAUAUACGAGUUAUCCCUCUAAAACCAAGGAUGCGGCUCAGUUUUCUAAUCCUGGUUCUUAUCCAUAUAGAAACCAUGGGCGUCAUUCUGGUUUCUAUCCUCCCAGUGAUCCAUAUAACGAGGUUUCUAGUGGGGUUAUCUAUUCACAUGCUAGAGAACAGGAUGAGAACGGGCUUCCUAGCUUCGUAAAUUAUCCAACUGCUAGAGAACACAACGAUGAGUUUUCUAGUUCCUUAAGUCAACCACAUUUUAGGGAACACAGCGAUGAUGCGUUUUCUAGUAGUGGUGUUAAUCCGAAUCUUAGAGAACAGAAUGGGGAUGUGUCCUCUACCUCUUUUGAUCACCUAGCUGGUAGAGAACAGGAUGGGGACGCGUUCUCUAGUCCUUCUGAUCACCCAUACGAUAGAGAACAUGAUAGGGACCUGUUCUCUACCUCUAUUGAUCACCUAACUGGUAGAGAACAGGAUAGGGACGCGUUCUCUACCUCUGUUGAUAACCCAUAUGUUAGAGAACGGUUUCAGGACACGUACCCAUACCCUCAACACGUGGUAUCUAAUCCAUUGCACUACUCACACGCUAGAGAACACGUCAAGCGAAUGGUUUCUUAUCCUGACACGCAUUUCGACCCCUCACGGUUUCAAUAUAGCAGAGAACAGGGCCAGGGUGCGUUUUCUAAUCCAGUUCCUUAUUCAGAUGGUUUCAGCUCAUAUAGCAGGCCGUUUAACACGUUCUCUAACCCGGAUUACAGUGUUAGAGACCGGAAAGAGAACACGGUAUCGAGAACGGAUAUACAGACAGAGGAGGCUGAUUUGAACACAUUUAGCCCCUUGUAUGGUGGUGAGGAUUUGGUGUCUAGUGAUGGGCGGUUUCAAAGUAGAGAACAGGUAGAGAACGCGGUUUCUAGUUUUGAAUAUUAUAAUCAUUUACCUUAUUUUGAUGUGACGGCUUUUCCUUAUUACGAAGUUGAUGAUGAUGACGAUGAUGAUGAAUUUAAUCCUAUCUCCUCUUCUUCUUCCUCCUCCUCCUCCUCCUCCUACCCUUCUUCUUCCUCCUCUUCCUCCCCUUCAUCAUCAUCUCUUCACGCUUCCUCCUCUGUCUUCUCCCACUCUUACUCCUCCUCCUCCUCCUCUCCUUUUUCUACCUCCUCUUCUUCCUCUUCUUCAUUCCCCUCCUCCUCCGCCUCCUCCACCUCUUCUUCCCCUUCUUUAUCUCUUCAUUCAUCUUCUCCUUCCUCCUCCUCCUCCUCACCCCUCCCCCUCCCCGCCUCUCCAUACAUCCACAUCACAAGCAACACCUUCGUUCUCACCCCCACACAUCACCCCCUCCUCACACCUCACCCCGGGGUCAACAUCGCUGUGGCUAACAACACCCUGGGGGCCUGCUCCUGCACCUCCUUCAGCCAAUACCUCAGGGGCGUGUACAGAGCCCUGGGGGAGUACGGGGGUGAGGUGCACGAGAGCUUGGUACGGAAUGGGAUGUGUUUCCUUAAGGGGGGAUUGUUCCGUGUAGGGUGUGUGUUUAGUGGUGCUGGUAGUAGUAGUAGUAGUAGUAGUAGUAGUAGUAGUAGUAGUAGUAGUAGUAGUAGUAGUAGUACAAAACACUCUUCCAAUACCUACCAUCUCUCUACCACUAUUCCACCACCACCACAAUCAACCAGUCUCUUCGUAGCUCCCAAAAUUCAACCAUUACAACCACCUACCACUAUUUCCACCACUACCAGUAUUCCAACAACCACUAUUCCUCAACCUACCACUACCAGCACAUCAACCAAAAUCUACAGACCAACCAAAAUUUUUUCUAGGCCUACCAAUACUACCACAACCAUUUAUCAACCUACCACUACUACCAAACCAACCAACAUCGCGUAUAGGCCUACCAACCAUUCUCUUAAGUCGCCGCAUCGUUUGAGAGGCGAACAGAAAACGGAGAUAAACAAACUCUGGGAGGAGAUAUAUGGCGGCGUGUUUGCCCUCAGACUCCGGAAGCCACUCGGCCGCCAUAUUGGAACUCCCAGAAAUGUCAACAAAGCUCCCAGUGUCAUAUUCGGUAAAGAUUCUCGUAAGAUUUCGUUCAAGGGGCGUCGCGUGCUGGUGUCCCCGCGGUGAUGUGGCCCCGGGUGUCCGAUGAAUGGUGGGAAAUGUGAAGAAUUGUGGAAAAUGUGAAGAAAUGUGAAAAAUAAUGUAUAGAAUUGUGAAUAAUGUGAUAAAAACGUGAAAAAUGAGAGAAUGAUGAUUAUAGACUAGUUAACUAUUAGGAUGUAUUUGCAUGUAUAGGGAUAGUAGUGUAGAAGUAAUAGUAAUUUGUGGGAUAGUAUUUAUAUUUUACUAUUGAACUAUUUAUUUUAUUUAUGUAUUUCUUUCUUUUUCUCUCUUUCUAUUUUUCUAUCUAUCUAUUCACCUCUAUCCUCAUUUAUUAACCUUCUUCCUUCUCCUCCUUCUCUUCCUCCUUCUAUUUCUCCUCCUCCU